GGAAGUUGCGUGGGCUAGUGGUCAGCAAACCUCAGUAAAACGAAACUGGUCAGCAAAACGAAACUGGUGAACACAGAAUGGCCUUGGUGUUAAAGGGGAAGAAUCCUUAUCUACAAUUUCAGUGGAAACUAGAAGCUAUUCCCUAUGAUCGGUCGGUGUUUUCGGAGACGAUUCUGUUCGAAAAUGAAACCUUCAAUUUUGAUUGCGAACUUAAAUACGGAACGCAGCUCUCCGUAUCUGCCAUCAAACGACCGUUUGGCUCUUGGACUACUGAUAUCACGGAUAUUGUCUGUACAGUUGAUAAAGGGCUCUGUUGUGACAUGGACCGAGACCAACACAUCAGCACAUUGUGGACGUUUUGCUUUGACGUCAGUGUAGAACGGUCGUGUACGCUGGAUUUCCGUGUACACCUGUGCGAAAACGUUCGUCAAUACCAACAUCAGCUCAUUGAUUGUUUCCUGAGUGAUCAACUAUGGCAGGCCGCUGAGAAAAAAAUAAUCACGGAUGUCGAGUUUAAUAUCGACGGGAAGAUUAUUGCAGCCCAUCGUACUAUUUUGGCUGCUCGGUGUCCAGCACUUUUGAUGUGUACCGUUGUUGAAGACGCGAGUGUUGAAACGUUUUCUGCCUUACUUCGUUUCAUCUACACCGGAAAGCUAAUCACAAAACCCAACGCUCAAUUGAGUAGAUUAGCUGAGAAGUUCGGACUGAGUACGUUACAAUCUCUUUGUUCCAUGCCAUCAGACAGCGACAUACAAGUUGCGAAUUCUACUCACAGAUUUAGUUAUACUUACAGAAGGAAAUCGGGAGCGGUUGUUCGAUCUCUCACAGGAUUAACAGUUAAAUGCACGAUUAACUUCCCGACGUUCUCCAGCGUGACUACGUAUCAACAACCUCAACGUUUCAUGUUCGAUGGCCAACCGUUGUUCAACUUUACACUGAAUUCCGGGUUGCACAAGUUUUCCUUUGUCAUAAGUUCUUGUGUGUCUAGUGAUUGGAGAAUUAACGAAAUUUUCUUUCGCUGUGAAAAUUCAAGACCAACGAUUUUUCAUCAAAAACAUCCUGAGGAAUUUCAAGCAGAAUUCUGCAAUCACAACUUCUCGAAACAAGAAUAUUUAACUGUUUCUAUUGACGCUUAUGUCGUCCCGAAUGUUGAUAGAUUUGAAUUUCAACCAAUCGACAUCCAUCUGCCCUCUGAUUUGUGGUUAUUAGUUCAGAAACGAAUUUUCGCUGAUUUUGAACUAGUCAUACAAGGAAACAAAGACCAUUCUUUUCUAGCUCACCGUGCGAUAUUAGCAGCUCGUUCAACUCAUUUUUUCAAUAUGUUUAACAGUGGCAUGGUCGAGUCCCAAAGCGGAAAAGUGGUCAUUACCGACACUGACGUUGGUGUUUUUGAGCAAUUUCUCCAUUUUCUCUAUACCGGAUCUGUUGAGCCCUUUACGGAUUUUCAAGCGCUAUUGGUUAUUGCUGACAAGUACCAAAUUGAUUCCCUGAUUAACCUGUGUGAAACGAAACUUGCUUGCAUUAUUUAAAAUCAUGACUUUAAACUUAUUUGUUUUACCAAGGUGAUAAUUGCCGUCAUUUGAAUUAGGAAUCAGAAAAAAGCUAUUGUUGAUGUUCGU